AUGUUGCAUAAAUUUCCACCACGUGGUUUCGAUAUUACCCCUAAAGCAAAUAAAGACACAAUCGCGUAUGUUUACGAUAAACUAGCUCUCCAAAAUGGGUUUAACGCCGUUUUUGACGGUAACACCUCAAUUUAUUCGGUAUCUCCUUUAAAUCUCGAGAAUGAGAAAGGAGGAAACCAUUUUGAGAUACACAUAUCGCAAAGUGAUAGUAUUAGAGUUCGUAAUGGAACUUAUAAAGUUGUUAUUCGCUUCGUUCAAAAACUUUCAUUCGAUGAACUCCAAAACUAUGUUUCGGGAAGAAAUGCCUCCGCCGGUGAAGUUAUUAAAUGUAUCAUGGCGCUGAACGCGUUUAUAAAUUUUACUGUUCGCCGGAAUUACCCUGCCAUUGGAAAAAGCAUAUUCCCAAAUCCAAAGCAAAUCGCUCAUUCUGAUCUUGAAUUAAAUCCAAUAAUUCUUCCUGGUGCACUUGAAUUAAGACGAGGAUUUUAUCAGUCAUUACGUCCCGUAUGGAAUACCUUGGCAAUAAAUGUAGAUAUUUGCGCAAGCGUAUUUUAUUUAGGGGGUCCUUUCUUGGAUGUGGCUGCAAGGUUACUUAAUAAACGUAAUACAGACGAAUUCCGACAAGGGCUCCAAUCACGUGAUUGGACGAUAUUGUCAAAAUUCGUAAGACGUCUAAAAAUACGUACCAUUCAUCGUGGUCAACGUAGGCCUGUUUACAUGGUUCGGAAAUUAUCAACUGAACCGGCUGAUCGAUUAUAUUUCAAAAUAAAUGAAGCGAAUGUUUCUGUCGCCGAGUAUUUCUUUAGGACGUAUAAUCGUCGGUUAAGUUUUGAAAAUUUACCAUGCCUUCUGGUAAAAAAUGAUGUAUAUUUACCACUCGAAGUGUGCGAUAUUUUACCUGGCCAACGAUUUGAUGGCCAAUUAGCUGAUCUUGCCCAUGCAGAUAUGAUUAAGCAUACUUGUAUUAAACCCGCAGAAAGGUUCAAUCGUAUCUCAAAAGCAGUUAAGGAAAUCUUUAAACACAACAGAGAUCCGCAUAUAAACUCUAUUGGCAUGGACGUUGAUGGAGAAAAUAUGACGAUUGAUGGCCGCGUUCUUACUCCGCCAACAGUCGAGUUUAAUUCUAAAAGUGUAAAUCAAACACAUGUCCCUAAAGAUGGCCGGUGGAACCUUGUAAAUAAAAUAGUUGUUCAGGGAAAAAGUCUUGAAAAUUGGUCGGUAUUAGUUUUUGGUACAAGAGUGCCAGAACAAAGUAUAGACCAGUUUAUGCGACAAUUUCGAGAAACUGCUAGUCAAAAGGGUCUGACCGGUCCUCUAUAUGGUGAGAUAAAACGCGUAGGUGAUACUAUUUUAGGCGUACCCACACAAGUUCUCUUGUCAAAACUUAUCACAAAACAGAGAGGGCUUGAUCAAGUUUGUGCAAAUAUAUCCCUUAAAGUAAAUGUGAAGUUAGGAGGGAAAAACAGUUUAUUGUCCAGAGGACAACUAAAUUUUGUCUCUCAAGUCCCGACAAUGAUAUUUGGAGCAGACGUGUUCCAUCCUGGCAGAGGGGAACGUAAACCCAGUGUAGCCGCUGUUUGUGCAUCCAUGGAUAUAGACGCCAUUGUAUAUUCUGGACGUUAUAGCGUUAAUAAAGUACCCCGCAAUGAAACCAUAGAAAGUCUUGAAGAUAUGGUAAACGAUUUGUUUCGUGCCUUUUGGGAAAGAAAUAAAUCUCUUCCAAACCGUAUACUCUUUUAUCGUGAUGGAGUGUCAGAAGGUCAAUUUCAACAUGUGCUAAAUAUUGAAGUGAAAGCAAUUAAAGCAGUUAUAUCACGUUGCUACAAACCUGAGUCGGAACCUACUCUUACGUUUAUCAUCGUACAGAAAAGACACCAUACACGAUUCAUGCCUGAGAAUCCUCGUGAUGGUGACAGACUUGGAAACUGUAUCCCUGGCACAGUUGUCGAUAACUCAAUAGCUGUUCCUCAUGAAUUCGAUUUCUUUUUACAAUCUCAUUACUGUUUACAAGGAACAGCUCGUCCUAUCCAUUAUAAUGUUUUGUAUGACGAACAUAAUUUCUCGGCUGAUGAAAUACAAACACUCACAUAUAGACUUUGUUAUCUUUCGGCGAGGUGCACGUUAUCAAUAUCACUCGUACCACCUGUGUAUUACGCACAUUUAAUUGCAAAUCGUGCAAGGCACUAUCUUAAGUGGGAGGAAGAAAGUUCAGAAAUAAGCGGUGCGAGUAUAUCUUCAAUUUCAGACGUUAAAGAUGUGCUACAAAAUUCCAUGUUCUUUAUUUGA